UGAAUUGGAGCUGGGUAUCGUGGGCGGCCCACGAAAGGACGGCAAGGAAGGGAUAGAUCCUAGUUUCCGGGCUUUGACGGAGGACGAGAUUGACGAGCGGUUGCAGGCCAUCGCCGAAAAGGAUUGAGUAGUUUUAUUUUUCUUUUUAUCAUCCGAUUAUCUUUUAUUCAUGGAUUGUUAAGACCCAAGACGAUGAUAGUAUAUGAAUGUCCAUCUUCUCGCACGAUCUCGGUCCCUUGCAAAUACAUCUCGGACGACAAAUUUUAAAUGGUAUGGAUAUAGAAAAUUAAACAAUUACAUGAGUGGCGACAUGAUAGGUUCAUCACAAGCUGUGCUGAGCUUCCCAACAAAUCCAGAUGCAAUAUCUUUUACAGGGGUACUGCUUGCCGAUUUGGGUCAAGAUGAUGCUGUGAUACCGGGGAACUUCGCCACCGAUAGGGCCAUGACAGCCACCGGUUGUUUCAAGCGAGAGAUUGCAAUAGGGAUCGUGCUGCAAAGUCUGCAGGUAACAUGCAUGGAGCCAGUGUCCGUUUCAGCUGCCAUUGUUCACGAUCACCACGAAAUGGUUGAGCGAGUGUGGCUCAGCGUGUGGCUUGACCUGAACGCAGCGUCCCAAUUGGACGAUCAGCCCCGACACCCCCACAUCAACAACUGAUUCAAAAAAGAAAUGUGACAUAUCUUUCCCUUCCAGUUGCAUUCUCCGGGUAUGCAUAUUCUUAUUUUUGAUUAAUGAGCAGGGACCAAAUGUGGCGAGUAUGACUCUUCACAAGGAUGUGGUGGUGC